AUGUGUCAAAAAUGUCAAAUUCUAACAAUUCCCUCGUUUUGAUUAUUUCGUGCCAUUGUCAAAUUUAGCAAAACACACGUUAAACGUAUUAAUUUAUAAUAAAUUUUCUGUGAUUAAACAAAUUCUACUUUCAAGAAGUUUGUAGUUUCUAUAUCCAUGAGUUUCCAAGCACCCGCAACAACCACAGCCGCGAGCACUGGUUUCUCGUUUGGGCUGGGAACAGCAGCCGGAGCAGCGAAACCGGCAUCUUUUUCAUUUGGCGCCACUGGUGGCGGAGACGCAGGCGCUGUAAAACCUUUGGCAUUUGGCGCACCAGCACCCGCUGCAACAUCUAUGGCUGCUCCCGCUGCUGUUGGAUUUGGUGGCAGCUUUCUUGGCGCAGCUACGACAACCUCUGGCACAGCCGGCGCUUUACCUGCAGCUUCAACUACAACCACUGGCUUCUCUGGCUUUGGUGCACCAGCAGUUAGCUCAGCAGCCGUUGCUCCCGCUGCUGCUGCACCAGCAACUACUGCGUCGUUGGGUUUUGGUUUCGGUGCUGCCCAACCUACAGGCGCAACCACUGCUGCAACAGGUUUCAACUUUGGCGCUACGCCAGCUGCAGGUACAACCACAGCGAUCGGCACUACAACACCAUCCGUAGCCGCAGCACCGGCAUUCUCAUUGACAACUGCUAAGACAACGGCGGCUGCUUUGCCAACUCUGGGAACAUUAGGUACUUCAACUGCGCCGGCCACAGGUGGUUUUGCAAACCUCAGUACUGCAACAAAAACGACAGAAUCAGCAGCUGUAGCAAAUGCUUCACACCUUACAUAUAAUCAGUUGGAGGAACACAUCAAUAAAUGGACCUUAGAGUUGGAGGAGCAAGAAAAAGUGUUCGCCGAUCAGGCGACACAGAUCAAUGCGUGGGAUAAAAUUCUGAUUAGUAAUAAUCAUAAAAUACUCGAGUUGAAUGAUGCUGUACAAAAGGUGAAAUCAGAUCAGCAAACGUUGGAACAGGAGUUGGAAUUCAUAGCCACGCAACACAAAGAACUUGAAGAAAGUAUUGUACCACUGCAGAAGGAAUUCCUGAAGUUGCCACAAGUUGAUGUGGAGCGAAGUCAAACAUAUCUCUUGGUUGAAAAUUUGGACACCCAAUUGAAACAGAUGUCAGAAGAUCUGAAAGAAAUCAUCGAUAAUCUAAACGAGGCCAAUAAAGGCCAGGAUAGCACAGAUCCAAUUAUACAGAUUGGCAAAAUAUUAAACGCGCAUAUGAGCUCGUUACAAUGGAUCGAGUCAUCUACAACUAAUAUUUCAAACAAGCUCGAUGAUAUUACGAAGAUGCACGAAUCGUUUAAACGCGAAUCGGAACGCUCCUUCCGUUCCGCUUACUACAAUUGAUUAAUGUUAUUAAAUGAUAUUCCAAGUUUUUUCUCAAUACAAAUACAUUUUUCUAUAAAAUACGUUAUUUUAUUUAAUUUCUGUAAAAAUUACAAAUAAAUCAAACAAUGAACUUA